AAAAUGGGUAAUACGAUUGACCAGUGGCGAUGUGCUAUUGGCAGAUUCCACCCAUGUAGACAGCACAACAGAUGUGACAAUACAGAAAGAAGGGCAGAGAGAGAAUAUCGCAAAGCUCUGCAUGAAAACAAAGCCCAUCAAAACAGGGGGAAAGGUACCCAUGAGAGUAAAAUUCAACAUCUCAAGAAACAUCUGGAUUGUCUUGACCAAAAGGUUACAAUCAAGCCAAAUCACCAUGUAAACAAUUUGAAAAAAAUACAAGAGCUUGCCAAAGAAUGCAAUGAAUGGUUUGAAGUGGUUAGCAAAGGCUACACUGAUACAAAGGAUACAUUUAAACAAAAUGUGUCUGCAGACAGUACUGUGACUACAAUUCAAAGUGAGAGAAGUCAAUGUGUGACUGUUGGUGAUGAAAAAGGAACUCCUGAUCAAAAUAUUUCACUGAAUUACAACAUAGACAUAGUGGAAGAAGAUCUAGCUGCCAGUCAUGAAAAGAGGGGCAUACAUAAGUAUAAAUUCGAAAAUAACACUGAGAAUGUGAAAGUACCAAUGAACCAGCGUUGGAUUAUGUCAUUAAGAAAACUUCCCCAGCUUUUAGUGAUCAUAACUAUCUUACUUAUUAUUGGUGGGAUUGA